AUGCCAUUUGCUCUCCGCAGCGCAGCUCAGACAUUCCAGCGUUUUAUGGAUCAGGUCAUUCGUGAACUCACUUUCCUUUUCUUCUACAUUGACGAUGUCUUGGUUGCAAGUCCUAACCACGACGAACACUUGCGUCAUCUGCGCCCACUUUUUGAACGAUUUGCGUAUGAUGGGGUUGUUAUCAAUGCCUGCAAGAGUCAGUUCGGUGUCGAUGCGGUAGACUUUCUCGGUCACUAUGUUUCUUCCGGCGGAAUUGCACCCCUACCUGACAGUGUGACAGCUAUCACUGAGUACCCCAUCCCUGAUUCUGCCAAAAAGCUACGUCGGAUUAUAGGCAUGGUUAGCUUCUACAGACGUUUCAUCCCGCACUGUUCCUAG